AUGUAUAUUCCCGAUCUCAGACACAAAGUACCUUCAUUUUCAGCCUCUUGUCCAGAUCCAGGUAUUCCUUAUCAAGGGAAAAGAAUUGAUCAAGAUUUUCGUCAUGGCCACACAGUGCGAUUCACUUGUCCCAGAGAUUACGUCAUAGAGGGUGCAGCGGCAAUUAAAUGUACAGAUGGUCGAUGGAACAGUACAAAGCAAAGGUAAAUGACCGGUGUUGAAAAGACUAAACUAGGGUUGAAAAACACAAGUUAAAGUCUUAGAGCAGCUUGUCAAAUGUGUAAAAUCUAGUACGUUAUAAUUAAUAAAUGAACCCCUUUAUAAAAUGUAGAUUAACUUGUGCUUCAUAUACAGGAUUACAUCCAACAGCUGUAAUACUGAUCACUCUUAGCUGGGAUAGGCUACGGAAAUAGUGGUUGUGUUCUCUCUAUACCAUCUGUUUUCAUGUCUUUCCUCGUACAACAAAAAAACUCGUAGUCAUAAGGCAACAAAACAACUUUUAGUCAUGCGUCAUUUAGUCAUUAGAGAUCAGCUCCUGAGAAGGACGAGAAAAAACAAAAGUUUAUGGUAUGGUCAAAACACGUGAAAACAGAUAUCAUCUUGAUCUUCUACAAGAAAAUGUGACCUCUCCUGAUAGGUUUUAGACAACCAUUAAAAAAUUAUUUGGCACAAACACCACAAAAUACCCUGGGUCCGCCCUUGCUGUAAAUGGAUCGUAAAAUCACGGAUAAGGGUAUCAUCGCCGACACUUUCUGCAACGUCUGCACUGGAGUCGUGUGCACUUUAAAGAAGAAGUCCAUUCCACUCUGCGACCUUGUCUGGAAAAGGUCUGCCAUGUGUAAUAUUCCAACCACUUUGAAUUAGAGCAGUUCCCGAAGGAGAAAUCAUGAUGACGAGAGAGCUUAAACGAAACAAGUUAUGUUAAAGUUAUACCACGGUGACCAUUAAAACUCUCGAUCAUCAUUAUCCAAAAUUCCUCUAACAAUAUCCAAAAUACUCGAGGAAGUGGUACGAUAUAUAUAUUGAAUACUUCAUGGAAAGUGCGGGCGUACGGUACGUUUAGGUAGGAAUUAUUGACGUAUCAGAAAUGGAAAGAGUGAGCGCAGCAAACGAGUGAGUUCCUGAUACGAAAACGAGUGCGUAAAUACCGUACAAAGCACUUUCCAUGUAGUAUUAUGUUUAUUUGUGUAUAUGUAUACUGAGACAUUCGUCAUUUUGCCACCCUUUUAUUUCAAAUCUUUCUAAAAUGCUAAUGAAUGCUUUGCCGCUAGACUACCCGAAAAAAUGACCACGUAACGCUUGAUAAAAUCAAUAAUAAGGGUAAGGAUAUGAGGCAAUCCAGGAAAUACAAGUAAAGUUAAUAGAUGUUUUUUUUUUCUGAAUUCACAAUCUGAAAAAUGAAUGAAUUUGAGUAAACUGGCUAGCUUGAAUAUAAACAGAAGAAAAAAUAGCUCCGAUAAAAAGUACAACUGAAGCUUAGUACGUCUUUUUCCGUUUUUACACUUCUGCUGUUGUCUUUGCCGGCUCUAUACAAUUUUCCUCAACGAAAGUGAAAUAUACAAAACGAUACAAAACUACUCCACCCCAAUUUCUGUGAAAAACAUCCUUCAUCCCUUUGAUUGGCUAGAACUCAUUUACAUAUGAAAAUUACGACAUAUAGCUUUUCAGUGUGUGUAAAUAAUUAACAUUUGAUGAAUGAGGCUGAGUAUCUUAUGAAGAAUUAUGGAGAUCGAGGAGGGUGUUGCCCGAGGCGGAUAACACCCUCCGAGAUCUCCAUAAUUCUUCAUAUGAUACGAAAGCCGAAAUCAAUAAUUGUUUUAUUAUUCAUUCAAAAUAAUUCCUACUUUAAAAACAUGGCUAAAACAUGCUAACCUCCAUCGAUCCAUCGAUGUUAAGUUCAUCUUCGAUAGUGCACGUUUAGGUUUGUCCAGCUCCUCAAAUAUUCUGCAAAUAGCAGAUGUCGCCCUUCGAGUUGUUUUCCCACUGUUCUUGCCAUGUUUUUAGCUAUGUUUUCGCCUUUUCUUACUCUUGAAACGAGUGAAAUGUCCGCCAUUUUUCAAGUUCACAAUCAAAACAACUCAACCUCGUCCCCAGGUCUUCUCGGGUAACGGUGCCUUAACCUGCGAAAACGCUGCAUUUUUGACGUCAUUUCCUCGUUAAACACAAAAUUCUUCCAAAUUUGGUCAUCAGUUACUGUUAUGGUGAAUUAAACGAGUGCUUUUAGCCAAUCAGAAUCGGGAAAAUAUUUUGAAUGAAUAAUAAAGGUAAUUAAUGUCUCAUCUGGACCAGAAUGGCUCGCUCUCUUACUUUCAGUAUGACUUCCGUCGUAAACGCGCUGGACCCCCUUAAAAAACUUCCGUUCUAAGGAAUCCAUGGAACAGAACUGGAAUGGUUCACUGAUUACUUUUUUAAAUUUGUAAAUCGCAAGCUGUUCAGUGUGAAGGUGUGUUAUUAGAGCGAUUUUACUUGACCCGUGAAACAGUAAAUAAGAAUUAGUGCAAAAGAGCACAAAUAAACAAAAGAAGACAAUGGAAUUAGUGAAUAAUAGUGCGUAGUAUUCUACUACCAAUUACACGGGUUAAAUAAAAUCACUCUAUAAGCUCAACCAUUUUUUACAGGUGGCCCUAGGGGAGUAUUUUGGGGCCUGUUUUAUUCAUUUUCAACUAUUUUACUCUUCAGCUCAAGACAUUGAUACGAUCCAAAAAAAAACUCAACGAAGACAUUAACAAAACUAUUUACGUCUCUGAUUAGAAGAAAACGAACUGAUAAUCAACCUAUAAAAAUUCAUUGCAAGACUGAGACUAUGCUUUUCGUAAAUUCAAAGGAACCACCUUCAAGGAUUAAACGAACUUUAAACAUCUCUGUUAAAGGGGCAUGCAUCAACAAUUCGUUUUCCUACAAGAACCUGGGCAUUGACCUACACUCAAAAAUGAGUUAAGCUUCUAAGAUCAAUCCGCCCUUUAAUGGACCUAAAAUACGCUGAAACAAUAUAUCUAUCAAACUAUAAUAUGAUUCUACCCCAAAUUUUCACAUACUGCAGAUCACGUGGUCUUGGUUGGUAAGAAAGCCGAAAAAGUCUGAUGAGGAAUAUCGAACAACGAAGUUUGAAAAUCAUUGGGAACAAUUAGAGCUUCCAUCAGACAAAAACAUAAUUAAAUGCAAAAGCGGUCAACUGGUCUUUGACUAUCUUCAAAAUAUUAUUUGCUCUACCUUUAUCGUAUUUUACAGACUGAAUCAUUCUAAGAUUACAAGAAACAAUGGUUUUUAUAAAAAAAAAUUACCGAAAGUCCGCCUCGAAUAUGGAAAAAAGCGGAGAUCUUAUUAUCAACUAUUUAGUAUGAAGGAGCGAAAAUUUUUAUCAUGCACUCUCAAUUGGACUUCUAUCCUAACUCUCAGGCGCAUUUUUUUUCGGGGAAAAGGGGAAAAAAGAACGCCUGAUACAUUUACUUCUCGAGUCGUCUACCGCCCCUUAACUAAGGUAUCUGUCAACGUUUGUGUUAUUGUCAUGUGUCAGAUUGUACCGGAAAUUCCAGCGGUUUGCAGCGAAGGCGGCUAUUAUCGAAAUGAUGUUUAUCUACCCGCGUUACAGUCAAGCGGUGAAUGUCACGUUAAGGUCUCGGUAUAGGAAAACGAGGUGCCCAGAGAAAAAAAAUCUAGUCGCGCGAGUAUUUUCGCUACAAAGGCAAGUUAUAUAUCAAAUUAAAGCUAAAAGACUAAAUUACCUUAUAAAAGAUUUUAUUUCAUCGAAUUUAAAAAGGCGCUUAAGUUUUUUGCUCUCGUACUCAGAGGUAUCGAGUUUACUGCUGAAGAUCCAGCCCUUUCGCGUUGUUAAAUAUUCACUUCCUUUUUAUUGCAUCUGAUACAGAUAAAAAGACCUAAAAAAGGGUGUGAGGAAAUUUGCAGAUGUCUCGUAUUAGCGGAAUUAUUGCAUUUCAAACUAAAAAGUCGAAUCUCGAGCGCGAUUUACGCAAAGAAACUGACAUAAAAUGAGUUACAAAGGGAAAUCGGAAAAUUCCUCACACCCUUUUUUAGGUCUUUUAUCUGUCAAUCAGAUGUAAUAAAAAGGAAGUGAAUAUUUAACAAGGCGAAAGGCCUGGAGCUUCAGCAGUAAACUCUAUACCCCUGAGUUCGAGAGCGAAAAACUUAAGCGCCUUUUGAAAUUCGAUGAAAUAAAAUCUUUUAUAAGGUAAUUUAGUCUUUUAGCUUUAAUUUGAUAUAUAACUUGCCUUUAGAGCGAAAAUACUCGCGCGACUAGAAUUUUUUUCUGUGGGCACCUCGUUUUCCUUUACCGAGACCUUAAGUUGAUACAGUAGUCGUAAGCCAAAACAUCACAGAUUUUGAAGACCAAGUUAGCACUGCUGUUAUUGGGAAUCUUGCCUUAUCGUUGCCGUGUGGUAGCUUAGUUCAAACAGUACUAGUAAAGUCAAACAAAUUAAUAAUUCAUUGAAAACAUUGGUGGCGCAACCGAAUUCUGUAUUUUACUGGAAGUGGUCAAAAGUAAAGGAAUUGAUUCUGCGGCAAAAAGUCUUUGAUGGUUUUCCAAUCCGCAUGGUUUUCCGGUUCGCAAACGAGCGGGUUUAAAAUCGUCAAUAAGUAAUUUUUUACACACUUUCACGAAGUUGUAGUCGAUCGGAAAUCAAAGACAACAAUUCUGCCCACGGGAACAAGAAAGCAUCGGAGAAGAAAUAGCAGAUAUCCUUACCGGCCGCAGCAGAUAACAACUCGUCCUCAUCUCAGCUGUCAAUGGUUUUCUCUUCAGUGUCAUCUCGUGGUUUCUGUCAUGAAGAGACGAAGGUGACCAUAAGGUAACAAAACCUAUCUAAUAGCUCCGGAAGUCAGAUAUGUUGCUUGACCGAUGGGUGUAGGGCUCCAAAGGAUCUUUUGUUCUCCGACCAAUCAGACAAAAGUCCAGAUUCUGGAUUACGGGCAGACGACGCGUAAAGUAAAUAAAUCCGGCGUCCCCGUCCCCUCGUCUUCCAAACAAAAUGGGAAGAAGGACUGCCUGAUUGCAGGUUAGACUUUUAUUCAAGAAAACCAUUACUAGGUAAUCUACCAAACGUUUACAGGACCCCACUGAUAGCAGUUUUUACACACUGAAUACACUGAUAGGUUUUGUCGGUUUCCUUAGAUCCUGUUGAAAUAUUCCUUAUUUCAAUUCUUCUUUCUGUCAUUAUCAUUAUCAGUAUCAUUUUUAAGAAUAGUCAUUUCACGCCUUGCGGACACCUCGAUAGUACAGGAGGCAGCCAGAAGGCAGCCGAAUCCCCGGCAAAAGUUAGUAACGAUUGAGCGAAACAUACUCAUUUUUAGAUUCUCAACAUCACAAUUAUUGUUUAAACACUCGCUAACAAGAGCCCUGAACUGCCAAUUUCCAACAUUCAUACACACUUAUAAAACAUUUCACAGUAUUUAUAAAAUAUUUCAUAGUAGUCGUUUUGGCUGGAUUUACGAUGGUUUUUCUUCGCCUCAAUGGAAAAUGCAGCAAAUGUUAAUACAUGUUACCAAUCUUGUGCAAAAAAUUGAGAAACUUCUUCUUGUAUCCCGUUAUUUAAAAUGUUCUUCAUGAAGUACAUUACCUUGCGCUCCCUGUGGAGUCUGCAGUAAAAACAAUUGAUUUUAUAUAACAUUGAACUACUGUAUUGACCUCCAUAGCACCAUGUGCUGAACCCACGGAUCCAAAACAUGGCUUGAAGAUGGAUCGAGAUUUCAGACACGGACGCUCUGUAAGGUUUUACUGCUAUAGUGGAUAUCAAAGAGUCGGGGUUACCUCCAUUACGUGCAACGAUGGUAAAUGGGAUGGCUUGGUUCCACUGUGUAAAGGUUAG